AUGUCGGACGACGCGGGUGUCACGAAGGCGCAGUGGACGACGCUCUUCCAAGGCUCCGGAGCCGUGCUCCUCGGAGGCUUGUGUUCGCUGUUCCUCUCCGGUGUGGUGUUCAUGCAGAUAUUCCUAUACUGGCGGAUUUACCCUACCGAUCCCCGAACAACCAAAUUACUGGUGCUCCUUAUCUGGGUCCUCGAUUCUUUACACUCCGCCAUGGUCUGCUUAGCGAAUUGGGAGGAUCUGGUCGUCAACUUCGGCCGGUUCAACACGCUCGAUGUCAUCCCCUGGUCGAUAGCCUGCACAGUCGCAUUGACGGCGACGACGACUUUCAUUGUCCAAAUGUUCUUCGUCCACCGAGUGCAUACCCUUAGCCGGGGAAACUGGUACCUCACUGUGCCAUUGGGGCUUCUGGCGUUGUUACGACUCGCUGCUGCCAUUGUGUCCACCACAAUGAUGAUCCGCCUCAGGAGUUAUUCCGAGUUUGUCGUCUUAUAUUCAUCGGUCUUCUCUCUCGGUCUGGUCGCAUCUUUCACGGUGGAUAUCUUCAUCACGUCCAGCAUGUGGUUCUAUCUGCGCCAAUGGCGAAACGGGAUCGAGAGGUCGGACCACAUCAUCGACGCGCUCACUCGGUAUUCAGUCGAGACUGGAGCAAUCACGACAUGUACAACAUUUGUGUCCCUUGUCUGCUGGCUUUCUAUGCCAGACAACCUUAUCUUCCUCGGCCUCCACCUGCUCAUUAGCAAAUUAUAUGCAAACUCGUUCCUGGCGAGCCUGAACGCCCGCCGCGGCCUCGCAACCAAGGGCAGUGCACCACGCCCCGGUGGUGCGCACGAGGCCCGACACGGCGCGGGCCCGCAGCGCGACAACGCGCGCUCCACCAUGCCCGUCAUCUUCCCGACCUCCUACAACCUGCGCAACCCCGGCUUCCCAUGGGUGCAGCGCGCUCGGCCAACGGCGGACUCGCGCCCACAAACACCCAAGGCGAUAGAAGUACGCGUCGACGUCAACGUCGAGCGAUCCGUGCAGGUCGACGGCGAGCCCGCGCUCGACCUCGACCUCGACCUGUCGCGGUCAGACCCGGACCCGGCCUCGCACCUCGACCUCGAGCGCACCCGCACCCGCACGUCCUCCGCGAGCACGCAGGACUCGGGCUUCGACCCGCACCCGCUCGGGGUCGUGCUCGGGCCGCGGCCCGGGCUGGGGGCGGCGCGCGCGGCGGCGGGGCUCGGGCUGAGCGCGUUCGCGCGCACGGACAGCGACGUGCUCGGGAGCGCGGGCACGGCGGGGGCGGUCGAGAACGGGAGGCGGAACGCGAGCGACGGCGGGCACGGCGACGGUGGCGGCUCGAGCGAGUGUGGGCACUGCGCGCUCGAGCACCCGCUCUCGAUCUGA